AUGAUGAUAAACUAGACCGCCUGCGACAAGUAACAAUCGAACGUGAACAUCUCAGUAGCGCAGCCAAGCUUAGAUGCGUCGUUUUGAUAGCGUAGAACUGAUUUCAUAUUUCUUUGACUCGGAAUUAUGGAAUGAUUUUUUUAAAACCUGACAUAAAAAUGUAUAACUUGUUAUCUGUGGUGUUUUUCGUAAUAACAGCUCUUGAUGGGGUCAAAUGUGCGACGCCUUCACUCAUGGUUGUCCAGGCCAACGCCACUGGUAAAAACAACAUGGGAAAGUUUUGUCCGGAGUUGGACAAUGGCAUCAAUGUUACUUGUCUAGUGGAUUAUGGUGUAGGAACUGGUCAUAUGUGGAUGGAACCAGAUGGGACAAAUCCUGCUUGUGUCAGUUAUGCAUAUGCUCAAUCAGGCUAUCAAACCAUUCAUCUAUAUUGUGCCGUAGACAACAUAUUUUUUUAUGAAAACAAAACCUUAUAUGUGGGGGAGGAAAUAUCUAACAUGGCGGUUGGGGACCAAAACGGCGGCUCCCUGAUUCCAAUGACAAAUUCUGCUACACUUUAUGUGUCAUACAGUAACGGAAGUGACGUCAAUUUAGAAAUAUUCAGCAACACGAGCAACACGGUCUUGUCAAAUCAGAACGUCACAACUAGAAGCUUCACACAUACCAUCACCGCGGCAGACCUUAACAACCAAAUUGGUCUGCAUGCUGUGCGCGUCACACUUUCCAAUCCAAUAUCGUCUACGUCGCGUUGGGUUGUUGUUGCUCAUGAAGAAGAAAUCACAGGAUUUGCUUUCACUGGAAACAUCGAAUCAAUCAUGCACGUGGGUGAUGAAGUAAAUCUGAAUUUUACUAUUUCAAAUGGAAGCGACGUAUCUAUUGCGACAGAGAUAAAUACAGUGCUAAUUGUGCAAAAAUGUGAGGGAGCUCUGAGAACACAUUCUCUACAGUAUACAUUGAAUGAAACAGGUACAUACACCAUCGUAAUUACGCUUUCAAACUUCGUAUCGACAUAUAAUUGGACAUACACAUUAACAGUGCAGCACCCUGUUCAUAAUUUUACCAUUCAACAAGUUAAAAAUAUCAUGAAAGCACAAACUGACACCUGGGUAUUUCAUCUACCAACUGGUUCAUUGUUUCCGAUGGGGACAUUGUUUGCCUUAGUCACAGAAGAUGGAACUCAGACAAAAAAUGUCAGCUUGACUUUGUCUCCAGGAGGCACUCAAAACGUUUUAAUGACAUACUUAACUGCAGGAUAUAUCAACAUCACCAUUACUAUUAAGUCAGAAAUUAGCCAAAUGCAAAUCUCCUGGAUACAAGUAGUCGAAAACAAACUCACUUUGGAGUUAUUGCACCAGGAAAGCGUUCCAAUAUCACAGUCCCAACAACAACUCGUUUUACGCAUAACCGACCCAAAUGAUUCACCUUUGUUCAAGCUUAACUGUACACUAAAUGUAGAUGGAGAAGUUACUACACUUCCAGUUUCAGAGCAAUUUGAUUAUGGGACAAACCAAACGUUUCCAUAUAGAUAUAUUGGCAUAGGAAACAAGACAAUUACUGUGAAUUGUUCAAAUACUCUACAAAAUUGGUUCAUCACACGAAUAGUAGAGGUUUGGACGGACUGCUUUGCUUCUGCGGAUUUCUUUAGUGCUGAUUUCAAAAAUGUAGAAACUCCAAUGAGUGUUUACAUAACACAGAUAGUGCAGAUAACCGCAAAAGUUGAGGUGACCCAAUUAUGCAAGAACAGUUCACGCACCUACUGGUGGGAGUUUUACGAUGUCCCCCAUGAUGACCAUUUGAAUCCAGAGUUACGUGAGUAUUAUAACAACACGGCCAAUCAGCCUCAUGGAGUAACCAUUACUUUCGCAAAAGAAGCUAUUGAGGCAGGUUUAAAGAAGUUGGUGCUAAAGGUAAAUUUAACUGAUCAAGAAGAUGGCGUACUUGAAGACUACAUCUAUGUGAAUUUUAAAACUCCUCCCGUUGUGGCCAGUAUCAUUGGUGGUUCGGAAAUAACCCAUGGGAAAGUCAGCCCCCUUACCGUGGAUGCCACAUCUUCAAAAGACCCUGUGCAAAUCUAUGCUGAUCAAUCAUUCAACUUUACAUGGAAAUGCUACAAGGUUCCUGACGUAGAUGCGUCUAAUUUGGCAGAGUUCAUGGGCAAAUUUAAGACACCGGAGCAGCUAUCACCAACCUGGAACGACUGCGUCCCAAUGGCCCUGCCCAUGGAAGGUCAAGUCGAAAUACCAUCAGCAAAUCUACAGGAUGGCUAUUUUUAUCUUUUCAUCGUGUUGGUGGAGAAAAUCAACAAAACGUCGGCAAACUUGUCGGUACAAAGGAAUGACACAUCUUUCCAGGCAGUUAAAAUUGUUCCAUAUGUGCCACCUAAAGCUGAAUUGAAGUGUUUACGAAACUGUAAUGGGAAAAUCAACCGAGACUCAAUAUCUAGUUACGAGGUGAUCUGCUCUAAUUGUGACGUAAACACAGUUUACCGAUGGGAUUUAGAGGAAUUCAACGCCAGCACUGGUGCUUAUUCUACGCUACUGGAUGGGACUGGAGGAUGGGCUGCAUAUAUAGAAACAAGAUCCCUUGAAUUGAGUACAUUAGCCAUUAAGAAAGAUGUUGUACCAGAAGGUAAAAAUCUGAGAUUGAAAUGUGAAAUCAAUUCAGAUGGCAAAAAGGCAACCGUGUCCACAGUAAUGGCUGUCAACUACCCGCCCAGAGGUGGUGAAUGUGACAUUUCUCCCAAAACAGGUAAUGCAAGCAUAACUUAUUUUGAAAUCACCUGCAAAAAUUGGAAGGACGAAGAGAACAGAUAUGUACGUGAUGAUGGUGAAGAUGGCAACGCUCGAUUGUCGUAUAAAAUCUACCAAAUAAGCGUUCGAAACGGCACCCAUGUCAAGUCCCUUAUAGACGAAUCAAAUGAACCGAAGGCCAAAGUGUACCUUGGAAUUGGGGAUCCUAGUAAUGAUUACAACAGUACCAUAACUGUGUAUAUCAUGGACAAUUAUCACGGAAUGGCAAUCUUUUCAUUUCCAGUACAGGUGAACAAUCCUCUCAAGAGUACAUCUCUACCAAGUGUUGCGGCCGUAGAAAAGUAUUACCAAGACGUCAUGGAAGAAAUAGACAAAUCUGGAAGUCCCGAAUUUUUCAUGAAAACUGUAGAAUCGAUCACAUCCGUACUAACAGACUUUACGAUCAAGAUAAACGAUUCGUAUCCGGAUAUUGAGGUCAGCAGGAUUCCUACCAAGUGGAAUGAUGGACUACUUGAUCUGCAAGACGAAAAUGGAACAAAAGUUAUGGCCAGCUAUAACUCACUGCUUGACGAUAUUCUGCAACAGUCACAAAAUUAUUAUCAGAUUAAAGUUCAGGAUACCCUCAGUAACCUCACACAGACGAUGUUGGACAAACUACAGCAAACGAACUCCAGUACAUUUUCUUGGAUAGAAACAGCGUCCAACGCGUUUGGCAACGUUCUUAGCAGUGAAGAUUAUAAUUCGGAAAAGUCAGUGAUCCAUGCAUCGAAUGCCUUAAAACAACUCACUGCUUCGUUUUCAAACCUUACCAGCAUUCAGUAUCUUGGUGCCGAUUCCGUGUUUACUAGUAGUAACACAGCUAUGGAACAAGCCACCGACGGUUUAAUGCAAUUGAUGGACUCCCUUGUGCAGAAUAGUGUCCCAAAGAAUACUGUCAAUACUUCCGACGCCGUGAUUGCUGCCACGGAUACGGCAUCAUCCAGAAUGUACGUGGACUAUCUCUUCACUAUGAACAAAGACCUGGCGUAUGAAUAUGCCGAAAAUGGAAGUUUGACACCAGAGGAAAGAAUUGGCAUGUUCUACAUGAAAUCCAGAAUAGCACAAAUUGGACUUGACAAGAAACGAAGAACAAGUGAAGAAUCGGGAAGAGCAUUGAACGAUGCGGUAGAGUCUCUAACCCGAACACUGCUAUCUGUGGAAUGCUCAGGAUGCAGUCGAACUUAUAAAAAGACAAAUAUGGUGAUAGAUAUUCAGAAAAACACGGUGGCAGCCAUUGAGGAAUCCAAUAUAACAUCCUCCCAUUCGAACAUGUCUGUAAGCUUUGGCGAUCUCCCGAAAAACACGAACGUCCAAUUAGCUGUAACAGAAAUGAAGAAAAACAUUUACUUGUAUGACCAUUCUACUACAGCUGCAUUGAUUACUUCACCCGUUCAUAAAGUGACUGCUACAUCCGAGAGUGGACCACAGCCAUCGAUUUAUGUCGUCACUAUAAAACAACCAGUGACGUCGGACUUUAGUGACGUUGAAGUCACUGUACCUGUUUUUAUAUCAGAAGAUGCUUCUGGUUUUUUCUAUCAUACGUUCCUGUACAGAAAUCUUGGGGACUAUGCCUGUUUUCACAUUGUCCAGGUCCCUCCAAAACUCAAUGAAAAAUAUGACGUGUAUCUACGUGCAGCGGAUUUUCCUACACUUUUUAAGUAUGACGCCGUAGCUGAAGUGUCAGUCAAUAGGGACUACAUGGCUUGUAUUCCACCACAAAAGUUGUCUUCUGUCGGAGUUAUACACAUCGGGCUUAAACCCACACCUAUUCCAAGACAUACAGGCCGAAGAAAACGAUCAACAGGUGCUGGGUCGUUUACGUACAACAACAAAACUUACACGGACCCGAGAUUAAACCCCUAUCGUUUCAUGGUCGUCGUGUCUGGCUGUAAUUCUUGGAACGAACUGACAGAGAAAUGGAGAUCAGAUUCUUGUGUGAUGGACUGGAACCCUCACAAAGCGGUUGUAUCUUGCGACUGCACAGGACAAAAUGGACUAACCUUUGCAAACUCGUUCUAUGUAGCUCCAAAUACCAUAGACUUUUCUACAGUAUUUUUGAAAUUUUCUCCAGAAGACCAGGCCGCCGUCUUGGCCACAUUUAUUAUUAUACUGGUCCUGUAUAUAUUCCUUAUGAUUUGGGGCCGCCACCAGGAUAAGAAGGAUAUUGUCAAGUGGGGCGUGACUCCUUUGAUCGACAACUUCGUGGAUGAUACAUACUACUACCUGAUUACUGUACAUACGGGAAUGAGGCGGGGCGCAGGAACAAAAUCACGUGUUGGCUUCAUCGUGGCAGGGGAGGAGGGUGACACUGGUGUCAGAGAACUAUAUGAUGGUGUCAGAUUGGAGUUCCGCACAGCCAGUGUAAAUCAUUUUCUGAUGGCCACAUCCCAGCCUCUGGGUCCCUUGACAUACCUGUAUAUAUUUCAUGACAACUCUGGUGAGGGGGAAUGGUCUUCGUGGUACCUAAAUCGUGUCGAUAUAGAAGAUCUUCAAGACCGCACGAGGUAUGUCUUUAUGUGUGGCAGCUGGCUCUCGUUAGACAGUCUAGAUUGUCAAGUGGAUACUGUUCUUCCUGUUUGUGGCCAAGAAAACGUCACAACCUUCAAAAACAUGUUCUUCAUCAACUAUAAGGAAAACCUUGCCGAUAGUCAUCUCUGGAUCUCUAUCUACUUCCGACCGACAAGCAGCCAUUUUAGUCGUAUACAGCGAAUAUCGUGCUUGCUACUAUUCAUUAUGCUGACAAUGAUCGGCAAUGCUGUAUACUUCAAACCAGAGGACGAUUACGAAAACCCGGCGAUGAUCAAAUUAGGUCCUCUGCAGUUUUCAUGGCAAACAGUGUACAUCUCAUUGAUGAGUACUUUGAUUUCAACCCCAGCAACCAUUUUUGUUGUCACCUUGUUCAAAAAGGCCAAGCCUCGAUUCGUUGAUCACGAUGUCAAAGAUUCUUCUCUCAAAUACUCUGUCCCAGUAAUUAACAAUUUCAUGGGCAAGUUAUUAAAAGAAAGCAAGGAACUUGAGCGCACUCUGGUGGCAAAAGGUGUCAUCAGUAACGAUGGAACAAUACUACCCUUUUGGAUUACUUAUAUAGCCUGGUUUUUAGCGCUAGCGGGAAGCUUAACCUCAGCAUUUUUCAUCAUGUUGUUUAGCAUGGAGUGGGGGAAAACGAAAACAGAGAUGUGGCUGGCACAGUUUUUCCUCGCCUUCUUUGAGUCGGCCUGUAUUCUGGAUCCAAUGAAAGUUGUGAUGAUGGCAGCAGUAUUUGCUUUAAUUUUCUCACAAACGGAGCGAUUCCGACCCUCUGGAUUAACUCGUGAAAUCGUUCUAAAAAAUUACAGACAAAGAUAUGGACAGGAGCAAAGCAUACGCAUUCCAGCACCGCCACUAAACCACUCGCUUUUAGAAAAAGCUCGAGAUGACCGCAUGCGCGACAUAAAGAUGAUGGACUCAGUAAAACAAGUACUGAUCACAGUGGUCUACAUGUGGAUAAUAUACAGCAUCAGUUUUAGUAACAGAGAUACUGGAUCUUAUUAUGUGAAAAAGGACUUAAGUGAUCGCCUUCUGACUCCCAGUGUCACUGGGGUAAAGCAGUUCAACAAGAUAAAAACAACCAACCAGUACAUGGAUUGGCUUCACAAGGUGGCGUUCCCAACAUUAUUCCCGGAACAGGAAUAUAAUGGAGAGCGGCUUCACUGGAGACACAGGCAGUUUACAGCUGGCCAGACGAAUUUUAGAGUUGGGCCUCCGAGACUAAGACAAGUUAGGGUUGUAGAAGAUGAGGACACAAUCCAUCCAUUUGGGACCGUGAAAACUUACCCCUCGUACAACAUGAUUAAUGAAGAAGCACGCAGCUUUUGUUUUGGAUGGAAACAAUCUCCUUGCGACAUUGCGGUGGAAGCAUAUUCUUUCUCCUUCAAGGCCUGGAAGUACAUUAAUCCGGUGAAUAUCUGGGGAGUUCCCGUUUUAGGUUAUUACAAUACGUAUUCUGGUGGAGGUUACAUUGCAGAACUAGAUGUAAAUCUCGAUUUUACGAACAGAACCAUGAAAGAAUUAACCGACCACCUAUGGAUAGAUAGGUCUACCAGAGCGGUUUUCUUUGAAUUUACUGUGUAUAAUUCUGAUUUUAAUGUAUUUGCAUACUGUAUGCUCGCGGCGGAAUUCCCGGAAGUUGGAGGUGUCAUGACGAUGUCUUCCAUAUAUCCAUUUCGAAUUUAUCACCACAUAGGAUCAACCGGAUAUUAUGUCAUUUUUUGUGAAGUUUGCUUUGUGCUGUUUUUGGUGGCGCAAAUGAUAAGAGUAGCAUACCACUUUUAUAAACUUCGCUUACAAUUUUUCAGAAGUACGUGGCUCGUGUUAGAAUUAGUGGGUAUUUUCCUCAGCCUAGUUGCAAUUUCUAUGUAUGCUGGCAGGAUGCUAUUAGCAAACGAAACUUUAGGAAAGUUCCUGAAAGAUCCAAAGGCUUUUGUCAAUUUUCAACACAUCGCAUAUUGGGAUUUCCUGCUUGUAGUUCUCAUUGGCUUGUUAUUAUUUCUUGGAACAACGAGAUUGCUUGGGAUUCUAGGAUAUGACAAAAGAAUUGGACAGGUAUUCCGUGUUUUUGACAAUUGUGCUUGGGAUUUAGUGUGGUUUGGAGUCUUCUUUCUUUGUCUAUUUGUAUUCUAUGCUAUACUUGGAUAUCUUCUAUUUGGGCGAAGCUUGGAGUCUUACUAUGAUAUUUUCCAAUCGCUUGGAACACUUUUUAUUAGCAUGAUUGGUAAAAGUAAAUUUAACGAAAUCAAUGAGGCGGAUCCACUCAUGGCACAGUUUUACUUUUUCACGUAUGUCCUUUUCAUUGUGUAUUUCCUCUUGACCAUGUUCUUGGCAAUUCUCUGUGAGAGCAUCAAUGUUGUCCAUCAGAAAACCAAACUGGACCGCUCAGAUGAACUCGUCAUAUACCUCAUUGAUAAAGUCCGAGAUGUCUUUGUCAGCAGGAAGGGCGGCAAAAAGGUGCAUCAAGAUUUCACCUCCAUCAUGACUGAGAAUCAGAAACCACUAAAUUUGUUGAAGGAGCUCCGAAAGGAGAUUGAUACCGCUAUGUCGACAUAUUCUGAACAGGAGGACAGAGACAAGCAUGCGAGGAUGAAAAAGAAGAGCAAAGAAUUUCUGAACAAAUUGGAACAGACGACAUAGAAAAACAAGAAGGGUAUGCCUGUUCAAAUCGCUUGUCCUCCGAUAUGUUGGACACAUUUGUUAUUUGGUUCAUCUUGAUUGUAAUUUUAUAUUUUUGUAAGUUGUUGACAUAUAUAUGUAAUAAGUGUUUUAGGUUUAUUAAAUGUAAAGUACUGAUACACACAUAAUGUAACAGUAUGGUGUGCACAUUAAUAUUUUUUAUUCAACCUUUGAAUGUAUGCUGUACUCUGCACUGUUGUAUCCACCCAGCCGUGGAAAAUAACGUCAUGUUCUGUGAAACACAAGCCGUGCACGACUAGAGCCUCAGAUGGUCCCCGAUAUGUGGUUUUGUCGAAGAAUUUUGAUGAAAUUUAAGGAUUAAGAAAAACAGUAUGGAGCGCUAAUUAAGAAAAACAAUUUGUCAUAUUACAUCUUUCAGUUGAAAUACUUUAUGGAUUUACUAAUUUUGAGCAACAUAUAAAUGUUUAAUUUCCGAAAAUAUAAAGCUCACUCUUGCUCUCGUUCUGGGUUCUUUACAUCUUUACUAAGAAUGCGAUCUAUGUUUUCUAAAAAUAGACAUGAUCUAGCUAUGGUGAGCAUAACUUUGAAUUGAUAUUUGAUGCACAUCAUUCAGAGUUCUAUUGAUUUUGUUACCCAUAAGUUCAGGUUAUUUCUAAUUUUUACUAGGACAAGUGUGCAGAUACGAAUUGUGCCACGCUCUAAGCCAAUCUAAUUUCGAUGAUUAUCUCUUUAAUAUUGUACACAGUUCUUUGUGUAUGGAAUAAAUGUCUGAAUUGGUUGUAUUGUGGGGUUUUAAAAAACAAAAAAAAGCAUGGGGAUAAAUUCUUCAUAAUUCUUUAGAUAUCCCCCAUAUUACAACAAACUAGACACUUAUUGAAUAUACAUGUAUCUGCAAUUUAUUUUGUUUUCUUUCUUAGAUAUGGGAUUUUAUAUUAAGUUGAAAUGUCGCUUAAUUGUGUGUCAGUUUAUAUCGGGAAUGAUUUCAAAAUGAAAGUAUCAAAGAUAUAAUUGAAUAUUUACAUUUGCCAAUGUAUUUCCUCAUGUGACACUACUAAUGAAAUUGACAUAACAUGAAAUUAGUCACGUGAUCAGUCUUUUCUUGCGUAUGAAUAUAAUCACCGCUUCAAAAGUCAGGUACUUUCACCUGGCUUAUGCAAUGCAGCGGGGGAUUUAGAGCCCCCCUCCCUUUUCGCCAC